GAUUAGCGGUAGUUUUGACUAACUUUGUUACACUACGAGAUCCUACUCAAAACUAGCAAAAUGCCGUUUAUGCAAAGGAGAGUGUACAAAAUGGACAAAAUGCAGAAGGCAGAGGAAAGAAUCAAGUCUAAUCCCUGGGAUAUCGAGGCAUGGAGUGUUUUGUUGCGUGAUGCUCAAAGCAAAAAGAUUGAUGAUGCAAGGGAAGUUUUUGAACGUAUUGUUACACAGUUCCCGGUAGCUGGUCAGUAUUGGAAGAUUUAUAUUAAUCAAGAGAUGAAAGCCAAAAAUUAUGAAAGGGUCGAAAAAUUAUUUCAGCGUUGUCUAGUUAAGAUACUAAACAUUGACUUAUGGAAAAUAUACUUGCAGUAUAUUAAGGAAACUAAAGGAAAGCAUCAAUCUUUUAAGGAGAAAAUGGCACAAGCUUAUGAUUUUACUCUGGAUAAAAUGGGCUUAGAUCUUAAUUCUUAUUCAAUAUGGGCAGACUACAUAUCCUUUCUUCGUUCAACUCAAGUUCAAGGUUCAUAUGCAGAAAGUCAAAAAAUAACUGCAACUAGACGUGUGUACCAACGUGCAAUUGUUACACCUAUGCUUGGUAUCGAAACUAUUUGGCGUGAUUAUUGCAUGUAUGAAAACUCAAUUAAUCCUCUUAUCGCGAAAAAGUUUACCGAGGAACGUAGUCGGGACUAUAUGAACGCACGUCGUGUAGCUAAAGAAUAUGAAGUUAUUACAAAAGGACUGUCCAGAACUAUGCCGUCAGUGCCACCCCAAAAUACACCGUAUGAAGCUAAACAGGUCGAACUAUGGAAGAAGUAUAUUCAAUGGGAAAAAGAUAAUCCAUUGAAAACAGAAGAUAUCAUCACAGUCACAAAAAGAGUAAUGUUUGCCUAUGAGCAAUGUCUUUUAUGUCUUGGACAUCAUCCAGAUAUAUGGUAUGAAGCUGCUAGCUACUUGGAUCAUGCAAGCAAAAUUUUGGUUGAAAAGGGAGAUCAAACAACAGCUAGACAAUUUGCCAACGAUACAGCGGCAAUGUAUGAACGAGCUAUUGCUUUACUCAAAACAAAUAUGAUGUUAUAUUUUGCUUAUGCCGAUUAUGAAGAAGGUCGAUGUAAGUACGCAAAAGUUCAUUCUAUCUACAAGAAGUUAGUUUCAUUGGAGAAUAUUGAUCCGACACUACCUUAUAUACAAUAUAUGCGAUUCGCCAGGAGAGCUGAAGGCAUAAUGUCUGCUAGAUAUGUGUUUAAACUAGCUCGUGAUGAUUCACGCAUUACUUAUCAUGUUUACUGUAGUGCUGCAUUAAUGGAAUAUUUCUGUAGUAAAGAUAAAACUAUUGGACAUAAAAUAUUUGAGUUAGGCAUGAAACGUUUCGGUGGUAUUGCGGAAUAUGUAUUGUGCUAUGUUGAUUUUAUGGCACAUUUAAAUGAGGAUAAUAAUAUACGAGUGUUAUUUGAACGAGCUUUAGGAUCAAAUCAAAUUACACAAGAACGUGCACGUCUUAUAUGGGCUAGAUUUCUACAAUUUGAAUCACAGGUUGGUGAUUUGGCUAGUAUUCUGAAAGUGGAAAAACGACGUUUACAAGCAUUGGAUAGUUCGAAAGAAUUUUCAAGAUUAGAAACCGCACUUCUGAUUGAUAGAUAUCGUUUCCUAGAUUUAUUACCAUGUACAGAUUCAGAGCUUAGAUCUUUGGGUUAUCGAGAACUGACUCGCUUUCAGCUGGCUGGAAUUGGCAAAGGUUAUGAUGAUAUAUUGUGCGGUGUGAUCUCUUCCCAUGGAGCUGCUGGGGUCUCUUUAGGAUCCACACUAUCUGGUGUCUCUGGUGGUAGUGCGGGCGUAGUCGUAGGUGAUGCUCUUGGUUCAACAAUCAAUGGAACUGACCCAAGGCCAACUUAUCCGCAGCCUGAUGUCAGUCAGAUGUUACCAUUUAAACCGAAAGCUUAUCCACGUACUGGGAGUCACCCAGUAGCUGGUGGUGAAUUCCCACCACCACCGGCUGCUUCCUCUUUACUGAAACUAAUUCCACCGCCACAAUGUUUUCACGGUCCAUUUGUUGAUGUAGAUAAAUUUUUGGAACAUUUCCUAGAAUUGGAAAUCCCUGAUGAUUAUAUGGAAGUUGUUGCAGGUGAAUCUGAAGAAUUAGCUACAAGUAUUGACUCUGGUACAGCUUUAUCCAUUGAAUUGGCUAGUACAGCGACUUCCGCUGCCCCACUUUUAUUGGCUGCUCGUAAACGUCGACAGCAAAUAGCUUUAGAUAGUUUAGCUGGACAUGGUAACCGUGCUUCUGUGGCUAAUCAAUCUAAAUUGCGUAAACGAACAAAUCUAAAUGCAUUUGGCGACUCUGAAGAUGAGAAGAAGAGGAUGAUGACGAUGAUGAUGAUGAUGAUGAAGAUGAACGUGCAGCUGCCUUAUUAGGGGGUCAGAUUCUUGGCUCUGGGUCAGAGUUAAGAAAUCCUUUGUCGGCUGCUACUCUCGGCUGUAAUGUACCUAUGGAUUUAUAUAGGUUACGGCAAAUGCAAAGAGCUAAAUAACGUAUUUUUAACGUUUUCCUCCUUUGAGGGGAUUCCAUUUGUAUAAAGUUUGUACUCCCUUUAAAAUAUUGAUAAGUUUUUGUAAUUUUAUCAAUAAAUGUUUCUUUAUUU